CGCAGUGUCCCUGCGCGCUGAGAGGAGUCAUCAGCUGCCGGCAGGAGGGAAACGACGAGGAGGCAGCGGGAGAAGAGACGAGCAGAUCCACGUUGCUGGCAUUCCUUCACCGCUGCUCACAGCAGAAGAAAAACAAAAAAAAACGGCCCUUUGCUGCAGAUUUUAAAUUGUUUUUCCUGGAGGUCUCCAUCGUUUGUGGGAUUUAACAGCUCCGGAGACAUCGAGGAAUAUCAAACUCCCCUGGUGGAUGUGGACAACUAAACUGUGGACAUGGAACCAAUAGUGAAUUUAUCCGUGUCGGUCCUGCUGGUUUUAUGGGGGUGCGCGCUGGGAGGUUCGCCCAGUGUUCAGAUCGGGGGACUCUUCCCAAGGGGCGCGGAUCAAGAGUACAGCGCGUUUCGGAUAGGGAUGGUUCAGUUCGGCACCUCGGAAUUCAGAUUGACGCCCCACAUUGACAAUCUGGAGGUGGCGAACAGUUUUGCUGUCACCAACUGCUUCUGUUCGCAGUUCUCAAGAGGAGUUUACGCAAUUUUCGGAUUCUACGACAAGAAGUCCGUGAACACCAUCACGUCCUUUUGUGGGACGCUCCACGUCUCCUUCAUCACGCCCAGCUUCCCCCUGGACGGGAAUCAGCAGUUCAUCAUCCAGAUGAGACCCGAUAUCAAGGGGCCCCUCCUCAGCCUCAUCGAGUACUACAAGUGGGAUAAGUUUGCCUACCUGUACGACAGUGACCGAGGCCUGACGACGCUGCAGGUAGUUUUGGACACAGCAGCAGAGAGGAAGUGGCAAGUGACGGCAAUCAACGUGGGGAACCUGAAAGACGAGAAGAAGGACGAGGCCUACCGCUCUCUGUUCCAAGAUUUGGAGACAAAGAAAGAGAGAAGGGUCAUUCUGGACUGUGAGCAGGACAAAGUUAAAGACAUCAUGGAACAGGUCAUCACAAUUGGCAGACAUGUCAAAGGCUACCACUACAUUAUCGCCAAUCUAGGUUUCAUUGACGGCGAUCUAACCAAAAUCCAGUAUGGCGGUGCCAAUGUGUCGGGCUUUCAGAUUGUUGAUUUUGAUGAUCCUUUGGUGUCCAAGUUUGAUCAGAGAUGGGAGGCCCUGGAAGAGAAGGAGUAUCCUGGAGCCGAUAGUAAAAUAAGAUACACAUCAGCGUUGACCUAUGACGCCGUGCAGGUGAUGACGGAGGCCUUCCGCUACCUGAACAAACAGCGAAUCGAAUUCACCAGGAAGGCCAACAAUGGGGACUGCCUGGCUAAUCCCGCCGUGCCGUGGACUCAGGGUGUAGAGAUCGAACGCGCGCUGAAACAGGUUCGUGUGGACGGCCUGACAGGAAACAUCCAGUUCGAUCAGCACGGCAAGCGAGUCAACUACUCAGUGAACAUAAUGGAAUUAAAGACAAACGGCCCCGUGAAGAUUGGAUACUGGAAUGAAGCUGACAAAAUGGCUGUCACCAAAUCGGACGUCUUCGCAAACGACACGACAGGAAUGGAAAACAAAACAGUUAUUGUCACCACCAUCUUGGAAGCUCCGUAUGUAAUGCUAAAAAAGAACGCUGAUUCUUACGUGGACAACGAGCGCUACGAGGGUUACUGCGUCGACCUGGCUGCGGAGAUAGCGAAGCACUGCGGCUUCAAAUAUCAACUGAAAAUAGUGGGGGAUGGGAAAUACGGAGCCAGAGAUGCAGAAACCAAAAUCUGGAAUGGAAUGGUCGGAGAGUUGGUCUACGGGAAAGCGGACAUCGCGGUGGCCCCUCUCACCAUAACAUUGGUCCGAGAGGAGGUGAUUGACUUCUCCAAACCCUUCAUGUCUCUGGGAAUCUCCAUCAUGAUCAAGAAACCUCAGAAAUCCAAACCGGGGGUCUUCUCCUUUCUCGACCCGCUGGCCUACGAGAUCUGGAUGUGUAUCGUUUUCGCCUACAUCGGUGUCAGCGUGGUGCUGUUUCUCGUGAGCCGCUUCAGCCCGUACGAGUGGCACACCGAGGAAUACGAGGACGGGCAGAUCCAGACCAACGAGUCGACCAACGAGUUCGGCAUAUUCAACAGUCUCUGGUUUUCCCUUGGAGCCUUCAUGCGCCAAGGCUGUGACAUCUCACCUAGAUCUCUUUCUGGACGCAUCGUUGGUGGCGUUUGGUGGUUUUUCACGUUGAUCAUCAUCUCCUCCUACACCGCUAACCUGGCUGCUUUCCUGACCGUCGAGAGGAUGGUCUCUCCGAUUGAAAGCGCAGAAGACCUGGCAAAACAGACCGAGAUAGCCUACGGCACUCUGGACUCUGGGUCCACCAAAGAGUUUUUCAGGCGCUCAAAAAUCGCCCUCUUUGACAAAAUGUGGACGUACAUGCGCAGCGCGGAACCCUCCGUGUUUGUGAAAACCACAGCCGAGGGCGUCGUGAGGGUGCGCAAGUCCAAGGGGAAGUACGCCUACCUGCUGGAGUCCACGAUGAACGAGUACAUCGAGCAGAGAAAGCCCUGUGACACCAUGAAGGUGGGAGGCAACCUGGACUCCAAAGGCUACGGGAUCGCCACGCCGAAAGGAUCCUCAUUAAGAAAUGCGGUUAACCUCGCAGUACUAAAACUGAAUGAGCAAGGCCUGUUGGACAAAUUGAAAAACAAAUGGUGGUACGACAAAGGAGAGUGCGGCAGCGGGGGAGGUGAUUCCAAGGAGAAGACCAGCGCGCUCAGCCUGAGCAACGUGGCUGGCGUCUUCUACAUUCUGGUGGGGGGACUCGGCCUGGCCAUGCUGGUGGCCUUGAUUGAGUUCUGUUACAAGUCCCGAGCCGAGGCGAAACGAAUGAAGAUGACCUUUGGGAACGCCAUGAGGAACAAAGCAAGACUUUCCGUCACUGGGAGCACUGGGGAGAAUGGACGGGUGAUGACUCCAGAGUUUCCUAAAGCUGUCCACGCUGUCCCGUACUCGAGACCUGACAUGGGACUGAACGUCAGCCUGACAGAUCUGUCCUGAUCGACGAGAAACUUCCGAGUGCCUUACAAUGGUUUCAAUGGGGCUUUUCUUUUUCUGACCCUUCCCUCCCUCCCUCCCUCCCUCCCUCCUUCUGUUGCUGAUGCUUUUUUUUAAUGUUUCUGUCUGGUGAAAAGGGAAAGUUAGGAGGUGGAGGCUUCUUUUUUUGGUUUCACAGAGACCCUCUUCUCUCGUACAAACCUCCUCUUUCUCUCUGUCGGGUUGGAAUUACAUCUCGGAUUUGAAAAGGAAGGAAUCUUUUUUUCUAACCUGAUGACACCACGCUCUGCUGUUUGGACUGAGACGGAAGAGAUGGCUUCUGCGUGCGUGUGCGUGCGUGCGUGCGUGUGUUCGGAGAACGCAGGGUCAUCGUGCGUCAAUGCGGGAAUAUGUUGUAAAAAAAAACACACCGUUUCUGUAACCACCGCCGCCAAACCGGAUCUACAAGCACACUUGAUAUCAUCUGCAUUAAGAUGUGAAACUGUCCUUUUUUUCUAAGAAAAUCCCCCCCAAAAAAGUUUAUUAAAAAAAAACAAUAUUUUUAUGUAUUUUCACAAAAUAGCUUUUAAAUAAACUUGCUUACAUACUGGUUGGAUAUGAACAUCUAAAUGUGUGAGUAUUAAGACAAAAAAAAAUACUAAACAGCUUCUAGUUCCAUAUUUCUAAAGCCAAAUACAUUGCACAUGGGGCUGAGAUGUUAAAAUCAUGUAAUUACUUCCUACUCUAAACUCUCCUGUAUAUUUUAUUCUUAACAUUGGGUCUUGAUAUGGAUAUACAGUACGUCACUGCUUGACAUAUAGAAUCAAACCUACUACGUUUUUCUUGUUGGAGUUGGUGCAGCGGUUUCGCUUUAUACUUUUGUCUUUUUGUUUGCUUCGGUGCUUCUGUGUUUUUUUUCUGACGAGAACCAGGCUCUGUUUUAGUUUGAAGAGGAAAUUGACCUGUUUACGCGCCAUGAAUGCAAAAAAAAAAAAGAUGGUAAAAAACUGUACGGUCUGGUAUUAUUGCAUCACAUCUUGAAGUGAGAUCAAAAAGAGGCUUCGACACCCACAAGGUUUAGGUGGUGGUUUAAAAUGCCAAAUAAGUAAGAGGGCCAAAUUCUAGUGCCAGUAGACAUGAAUAUAGUCUUAAUAUAAUCAAUCACUGUCCUCUCAGUGAAUGUAAAUUAUACAUUCUGUAACUUUUGUAACUAGAUGUACAGUCGGUGGCAAUGACAGUGCUAAAUUGCCUCUUAUGCUGUUUUAACGUCUCCGUGUACUUUGCAUUGAUCUGACAAUGAAGUAGCACCAGUUGCAUGUUGUUGCCGCAAAUACUACAUGCGUUUAUUUCAUUACUGCCAAACAUGCGUUUUCAUUUUAAUGUUGAAGUUGUGAGGUUAAUUGUUUGAAAUUGGAAAUACAAUGUAAGACAUAUAUUCAAUAUAUACAUAUAUACAUAUAUUUUGUAUAAAAAGGUUGAAUAUGAAAAACUAUAUCCCCUUUUCAUUAUGGCCUCAAAGCUACUCUAAUAAUGUUAAAACCUAAUUUGGUUAGUUGUUCAGAAAACACGGGAUUGUUUUUUCAUUCUUACUUACAAAGCUUCUACAAACCAACACGUUUUAUGAAAAGACACUUUUUAUUUUGUCAUUUUUGUCAUCUUUUCUAAAACUGACCUGUGAAGAGCCCCCCACCGCAUUUUAAGGGAGGUAAAGUCUAUUAUUAUUAUCACUGUUGUUUUUCUAAUACAACAAUAGAAACAUUUACCGUAGUUGCUUAUCAAUUUCAUUGCAUAUUCUGGAUAUUCUCACUGACAUUUUGUAAAUGGAAUGUGUGCUAACUUGUUUAUUUUUUGGGACUCUUUCUAAAUAAAAGUGGCUGAUCUCUUGUUA